UUAAACCCCCACGCAGUACAGGACUGGGUUCUGAUCGUCCCCUUCUGGAGGCAACUAGUUUGUGAGGCUAGACCGGGAGAACCAGAGCAUCCCGAAGGGUGGCCAGCAAGCCCCAGGGCCACCCUGUGAGGUCAAGCGGAAGAGUCCCACCUCCAGCUGUGGGCCCUUUCAACCCUUGGAUGCUGAGACCCUGGAGAUGAUGCCACCUGAGGAGGAGAGCCCAGACAGUGGUGGGACAGGGGACAAGGACAGUGGUCUUGUCCUCCUGCAAGCACUGAAGAGCAGCAGCACCCGGAAGCAGGGCUGCGAUCCCUUUGCCCAGACCCAGCGCAGCAAACUGCAGCAUCGCCGGGCACGGAUUAACCAGCAGAUCAACAAGGAGAUGAGGAUGAGAGCAGGAGCAGAAAACCUCUUCAGGGCCACCAGUAACCACAAAGUCAAAGAGACAGUCGCCUUGGAGCUCAGCUACGUAAACUCCAACCUGCAGCUGCUGAAGGAGGAGCUGGAGGAGCUGAACAGCAGUGUGGAUGUCUACCAGAAUGACAGUGAGUCCAUCAGUGUCCCUAUGAUCCCUUUGGGCCUGAAGGAGACAAAGGAGCUGGAUUUGCUGGCACCACUGAAGGGUUUCAUCAGUGAACACUAUGGAGAGGAGGGCAUCUUGUUUGAAAAGGAAAUCAAGGAGUUCAUGGAGCUGCGGCAGGCGAUGCGCACCCCGAGCCGCAACGAAGCCGGGCUGGAGCUCCUCAUGGAGUAUUACAACCAGCUCUACUUCCUUGACAGCCGCUUCUUCCCUCCUAACAAAAGCCUGGGUGUCUUCUUCCACUGGUAUGACUCCCUGACAGGGGUCCCCUCCCACCAGCGAGCUCUGGCUUUCGAGAAGGGCAGUGUCCUCUUCAACAUCGGAGCCCUGCACACCCAGAUCGGAGCGCGGCAGGACCGCGCCUCCCUGCCAGGCCUCAACCAGGCCAUCGAUGCCUUUCAGAAGGCAGCUGGUGCCUUUAACUACUUGAAGGAAAACUUCUCCAAUGCUCCCAGCCUGGAUAUGAGCUCUGCCUCCUUGAACAUGCUGGUGCGGCUGAUGGUCGCCCAGGUCCAGGAGUGUGUCUUUGAGAAGAUGACCUUGCUAUGUGCCCAACACGACUUCCUCUCCAGGCUGCAGCUCGCCCAGGAGGCAGCAAGGGUAGAAGACGUCUACUCACUGGUACACCAGACGAUGACCCAAGCCCACGUGAAGGAUUAUGUUCCCUUCUCUUGGGCCACCAUGGUCCAUGUCAAGUCAGAGCAUUUCAAAGCCCUCUCCCACUACUUCGCUGCCAUUGCCCUCUGUGACUGCCCCGCGGCAUCUGAUGCUGAACUCCCAGAGCAGGAGAAGGCUUUCAUCCAGUUCCACGUCACCAUGCCCGAUGGACCAUCACUGCGUGUCCUGCUGCAGGACCCUGAGGAGAGGAGGAAGCUGGGCAAAGCUCACCUCAAGAAAGCCAUCAUGAAGCACGAAGAAGCCAUGAGGAUCCACGGCUUGUGCAAGAUCCUGCGGAAGAUGGAUAUCCUGCAGGAGGUCCUCUCCUUUGCCCACAAGCGCUCGCUCAGCAAAUACUCGGAAAUCGACCACGAAGAGGACUUCUUUGAGACUGGAGAUGCCCCAGAGAUCCAGCCCAAAACCCACCAGAAACCAGAGAUAAAACCCCCCAGCUUCUCCCAGGUGAAGGUGACCGACCUCUUCCACAGGCUGGGACCUCUUUCGGUGUUCUCGGCCAAGAACAAGUGGUACCCAGCACGAAGAGUCCACCUGAGGAGAGGAGAGAAUGGGUUUGGGUUCACACUGCGAGGAGACUCCCCUGUGCUCAUUGCUGGUGUCAUCCCAGGGGGCUGUGCUGCUGAAGCUGGGCUGAAGGAAGGAGACUACAUCAUCUCAGUAAAUGGCAAAGACUGCAAGUGGUCCAAGCAUGCUGAGGUGGUGCAGCUGCUGAAGAGCACUGGGGAGGAAGGAGUGGAGAUCAUUGUGAUAACCCUUCAGGGCUCAGAGGGACCAAAAACUGCGGACAGGAAGGCAGCGGCGAUGUCCUCGGGCAGCGGGGCGCUGAAGAGCAACAAGGAGAACAACCGGAAGAGCCUGAUGAACAGCAAGAGCGCCAGCACGCUGCUGGGCUGGAGCAAGAAGAGCAAGAGGAGCAAGAAGAGCACCUACGGCGUCCCCUUCACUGCGGUGGGAGACAACGAGGUCAUGUACUGAGGAGGCUGCUGGGCCAGGUUGUGUCCCUCAGGCUCUGGGGCUGGCUGCCCUUGAGCCCUUGCAAGCACUGCUGGCCUCCCUGGGCUGCUGCUGGUGUCAGUGCUGCAAGGACCUCCCCACCCCGGGGACGUGCCGCCGGUCAGAUCUUCUCCCGAGAGGCAAGAGAUGCACAGACCCAGAGUCCUCUCUUUCCCAGCUCCCACGCUGAACCAGCCUUGACUAAACAAAAAUGGGAAGACCACUGAUUUAGUCCUAAUUUUGAAUUUUUUUCCUUCUUUUUGCUCUCAAGGGGUUGGAGGGAGCUGUGCUAAAGCAGAGACUGGUUUGUGCCUUCUGCUCUGUGCAAGGAGCAGCCAAACCAAGCCCCAGUCAUUAAAGCAAAAAGCUGUAAUCUUCUUUAGUGUCUCCUAGGCUUUCUCUGUGAGGUAGAAGAUGGCACCAAGAGCUGCUGGCUCCAAGAGCCAAAUCGUUCAGCAGCUCCAGCUGGAGGUCACCUUCAACUCCUCUUUUUUUUGGGAGAGGAGGUAGGAUGGCCAUCAAUGACUUGUGGUGACCACAUCAUGAGAUCCAGGCAGCACUGGGCUGUGCACCUCUGUUGUAGUACCAGUUAGAAUCAUAGAAUGCAUCAAGUUGGAAGGCACCUUGGAAGGUCAUCUUGUCCAGCCUCCCUGCAGGGAGAAGGGCAUCUCCAACUAGAUCAGUUAUGAAUGUCCCAGUGAAAUGGGGUGAAAUUAGGAUGGGUUUGACUUUUCUUUUUUAGUGUUUUGGGGUUGUUUUUUUGAUGGACACGCAGACAGAUGCAGCCCAGCUGCUUCUGCAGAAGAAAAGGGAAAGGCUGAAUGUGUGUUGCAUCGGUUGUCUCUCUUCUUUUAAUCAGUAGAGGUGGAUUGCCCUAAAUAUGAGAGUAGAUAAAUAGAUAAGAGCCCUGGGGUUGUUGGGGUUUGGUUUGGGUUUUUUUUCCCCACACUGUAUGAGAUUAAAAGUCCAGGAAGAUAGGUCCUCCAGAUUAUUAAAUUCCUAAAUUUGUGCUAGUGUUGGACCUUGCACACAUUGCUAGUAGCCCUCACGCUGGGCUGAUGGAUACAUGCAGCUUGGUAAUUGUCCUGGACACGCUGGGAGACUCCAACUAGGCACUUAAGAUAGAUGGGCAACACUUUCUCCAUCCCAUUUCUGCCUCUUGGAUUAUUUUUUUCUGGAGGUUAAAGAGCUGUCUGGUCUCCAGUGCUUGAAGGAUCUUGGGUUAGGUAUAAAAUACCCUUCAGAGACUCAUAGAUUCAUAGAAUGGUUUGGGCUGGAAGGGACCUCAAAGAUGAUUAGUUCCAACAUUCCUGUCAUGGGCA